AUGUCAUCAGCAUUGAGUCUAUCACGAAAUACCCUACAGAUACUUACAUCUAACCGUCUACAGCAUCCAUCUCAUGUUUGUAUGCGUCGCCUGAUGCUGUCACAUUUCACAAGACGGUUUAUCCAUUCUACUAGGAGCUCAUCAUCAUUGAUAAUAAACAUACCCUUUCCUCGUCAGCCUUAUCUUCAUCGUACGUUUAGAAACCAUUCAACCACAUAUCCUUAUGUAAUAACCUCCCGAAGAUUUAUGUCCAUAUUCCCAAAGAUAAUAACUAAAGUAGUCAAAUUACCAGUUUAUGUGGGAGGUGGGUUAGCAGCUGCUGGUAGUUAUGUAGCAUACAAACUCGAGGAAGCAAAUAGUUUUACUUGGGAUAAGUGGAACCAAUUGAAAGAUUAUUCAACAAACAUGAGAGAUAAACUGAAUGGAUAUUUUGGUAGUGAUGGAAGUGGUGUACCGCCUUCUGAAAAUUCAUCAGGUUCCUCUGAUUCUAAUGGGACUGUCCCUACAGCUACUUUACUUGCAUCAUUAGUCGACGAUGAGGAAGAUAAGGAGAAAAAAAGUGACGACGAUGAAGAUGAAGAUGAAGAUGAUUAUUUGGAUUCCGUGGAUACCACUCAAGAUGAGAUGUUGAAUUUGACGAAACAAAUGAUUGAAAUCAGAUCAAUAGUAAGUAAAGUUGAUUCCACUUCUGCAAAUUUAACGUUACCUUCCAUUGUAGUGAUUGGUUCUCAAUCCUCAGGUAAAUCAUCAGUAUUGGAAUCGAUCGUCGGGAAAGAAUUCUUACCAAAAGGUUCCAAUAUGGUAACAAGAAGACCUAUUGAAUUAACAUUAGUGAACACACCGGGGAAUAGUGAAAUAACAGCAGAUUUUCCCACUUUAAGAACUUAUAAUUUAACGGAUUUUAAAGAAGUUAAAAGGAUUUUGAUGGAAUUGAAUAUGGCUGUUCCCUCCACAGAAGCUGUCUCUGAGGAACCGAUUCAAUUAACUAUCAAGGCAUCGACUGUUCCUGAUUUAUCAUUGGUAGAUUUACCUGGUUAUAUUCAAGUUGAAGCAGCAGAUCAACCAAUGGAAUUAAAAUCUAAAAUUAGACUAUUAUGUGAUAAAUAUUUAAACGAGCCGAAUAUUAUCCUUGCAAUUUCUGCAGCCGAUGUGGAUUUGGCAAAUAGUUCUGCGUUAAGAGCUGCUAAAUUAGCUGACCCACAGGGUUUGAGAACUAUUGGUGUUAUAACAAAACUGGAUUUAGUGACUCCAGUGUUGGCCAGAAAUAUAUUAAACAAUAAGAAAUAUCCUUUGAAGAUGGGAUACGUUGGUGUAAUUACGAAGACUGGACCAAAUGGAGCUUCCCUAUCUCAACAUUCCUCGUUAGGAUCAGGCAUGUCGCAUUUAUUUGGGAAUAAGGAUAGAACUAGUACAGCCUUAUCUACUAGAGAAGAAGUAUCACCAGAACAAUUAGAGGCAAGACAAUUUGAAAAAUCAUAUUUUAAAGAGAAUAGGAAAACCUUCCAAAAUUGUCAAGUCACCACAAAGAAAUUACGAGAGAAAUUAAUAAAGAUUUUAGAAAUUUCCAUGUCAAAUGCCUUGGAACCAACAUCAACUGUCAUUCAACAAGAAUUAGAUGAUACAUCGUAUUUAUUCAAAGUGGAGUUCAAUGAUCGUCAGUUGACACCUAAAUCGUACUUAUUAAACAAUAUUGAUAUUUUGAAACUAUCAAUUAAAGAAUUUCAAGAAAAAUUUAAUAGGAAUGAAUUGAAAUCUAUCUUAAAGGCAGAUUUGGAUCAAAAAGUUUUAGAUUUUCUAGCAACAAGAUAUUGGAAGGAUGAAAAUUUCAUUGAAUUGAGCAACAAUAAUAGGUUUAUUAAAAAUGAUGAUGAGAUUCUUUAUUGGCAUAAGAAAUUAGAUUUAGCUUCAUCAAGUUUGACUAAGAUUGGUAUUGGUAGAUUAUCUACUAUGUUGGUUACCAAUUCUAUAUUGAAAGAACUAGGAAACGUCUUAGAGUGUACACAAUUGAAAAAUCAUGAUUUAAUUAAAGAAUUAGUUUUGAACACUGCGGUCAAUGUAUUGAAUACCAAAUAUUACUCUACAGCGGAUCAGGUAGAAAAUUGCGUGAAACCAUUCAAAUAUGAGAUUGAUCUUGAAGAUAGAGAUUGGAAUAUUGCAAGGGAACAUUCUAUUAAUUUAAUCAAAGAAGAAUUGCGUCAAUGUAAUCAACGGUAUGAAACCAUUAAAAAUGUUAUUGGUAAUAAAAAAUUACAACAUGUUAUGCAUUAUUUAGAGCAAGAUACCACUCAAAAGGAAACAUUGGGUAUGUCCAAAAUGUUAUUAGAGAGAGGUGCUGAAGCAUCCUUCUUAGAUAAACGAUCCAAAGUUUUAUCAUUUCGGUUAAAGUUAUUAAAGAAUAAUUGUCGGAGUAAGGAUAAUAAAGAUUUUUGUCCAGAAGUCUUUUUGAAUGCAGUUAGUGAAAAAUUGACAUCUACUGCUGUUCUUUUCUUAAAUGUUGAACUAUUAAGCGAUUUCUUCUAUAAUUUUCCAAUCGAGUUGGAUAAUAGAUUAAAUGUAUUAACUAGUGAACAAAUAGAAAUGUUUGCGAAGGAAGAUCCUAAGAUUUCAAGACAUAUCGAGUUACAAAAGAGAAAGGAAUUGUUGGAGUUGGCGUUAGCAAAAAUUGAUUCCAUUUUAGUCUUUAAGAGAAGCUACAAAAGUAUCAAUAAGUAA